GACACCCUCUGUGGAGUGGGACUAUGAUGCAUGCCAGAACAGUAUUGCUGAGGCAGUUUUGAGGCAAAUGAAAAGCCGCCUGGCUGACAGACUGUGCUGUUUCCUCCUAGUGGUGUGAGGUGAUCAGUGCUCCAAGCUCCCAAGCUCAUAUCCCCUGGGCAGAGGGUACUGUGUCUCCAUGGCCUGGCCUGCAGAAGCAUCAGUGAGGAGCUAGAGCAGGGCUGCUUACCCAUCCCUGCUCCCUGGAGCUCAGGACUGGCCCCUGAAAGCCUGGCAUCUGGGGCAGAAGCAACAUCAAAGCCGGGAUUGGCCGACUCCCACCAAAAAUGCCAGGCAGGCCAGGCGCGGGCAGCUUGGGGGCGUGACAGAUCUCAGCCUGUCUCUAGCUUGUGUUCCUCGGCCAGUCUGCCUUGGGUCUUGCCCCAUGAUGACGGGCCCAUCAUUCAGCUUUACUCAUCUUCUUAUCAUUUCAGGACUUCUCUAUCACUCAGCUGGCUACUUGGCCCUUCCUGGCCUGGAUCAGAAGAAGCGGGGCAGCCACCGAGCAUGCUGCCUACUGACACCCCCGCCACCCCCGCCACCCCCGCUGUUCCCACCACCCUUCUUCAGAGGCAGCAGAAGCCCGCUUCUCUCUCCAGACAUGAAGAAUCUUCUGGAACUUGAGGCCUCACCAUCACCCUGCAUUCAAGGCUCACUUGGCUCUCCUGGGCCCCCUGGGCCCCAGGGUCCACCCGGGCUUCCUGGCAGGACAGGACCAAAGGGAGAAAAGGGGGAUCUUGGCCGCCCAGGAAGGAAGGGUAGACCUGGACCCCCAGGUGUUCCUGGCAUGCCCGGACCCGUUGGCUGGCCAGGCCCUGAAGGACCCAGGGGUGAAAAAGGUGACCUGGGUAUGAUGGGCUUGCCAGGGUCAAGAGGACCAAUGGGCUCUAAGGGCUUCCCUGGAUCCAGAGGGGAAAAGGGAUCCAGAGGUGAAAGGGGUGACUUGGGUCCCAAAGGAGAAAAGGGUUUCCCUGGAUUUCCUGGAAUGCUGGGGCAGAAAGGUGAAAUGGGUCCAAAGGGAGAACCUGGGCUUGCAGGACACCGAGGCCCCACUGGGAGACCAGGAAAACGAGGCAAGCAGGGUCAGAAGGGAGACAGUGGAAUCAUGGGCCCACCAGGCAAGCCUGGGCCUACUGGUCAACCUGGUCGUCAAGGUCCUCCAGGGCCCCCAGGUGCCCCAUCUGCAGGACAACUUGUAAUGGGACUGAAAGGAGAAAGAGGAUUCCCAGGGCCUCCAGGAAGAUGUCUUUGUGGACCCCCCGUGAAUGUGAACAACCCCUUGCACGCGGACUCCUUGUAUGGGCCGGGCUCCCCGAGAGUUCCUGCGAUUUUUGUGGUCAACAACCAGGAGGAGCUCGAGAAGCUGAACACUCAGAAUGCCAUCGCCUUUCGCAGAGACCAGCGGUCGCUGUACUUCAAAGACAGCCUUGGCUGGCUCCCCAUCCAGCUGACUCCUUUCUACCCUGUGGGUUAUACUGUAAACCAGCACGGCACCUGUGGGGAUGGCGUCCUGCAGCCUGGCGAGGAGUGUGACGACGGUAAUCGUGAUGUGGGGGACGACUGCAUUGACUGUCACCGGGCCUACUGUGGGGAUGGUUACCGGCACCAGGGUGUGGAAGACUGUGACGGCUCUGACUUUGGCUACCUGACAUGCGAGACCUAUCUCCCUGGGUCGUACGGAGACCUUCGCUGCACCCAGUACUGCUACAUCGACUCCACACCCUGCCGUUACUUCACGUGAGGGACUGGAGGAACAGGUGGGCUGCAGCCCAUGUAAGUGGUGGCUGUAUCUCUGCCCCGCACAUCAUGCUGGCCUUACCCUCUCCUGGGCCAGUGUCCACUGACCUUCAUGCGACAAAACAAGGAUACAUUCUUGCUGCUAGGACAUGCUUUUGACUCAGUUUGACUGGAAGAGUUUUGGACCACUGCGUCCUGUCUUAAUUAAAAGAACCAGAAACCUUCUACAUGUCCACCCUGGAGACUGCCCCCCGCCCCACAUCUGGCUAAACAGCUGGCUGUAAUGCCUUAUCUCCUCUGGAAAGAUGCUGGCUCCGGCCGUGGACUUGGCUUAGCACUGUUAGACAUACGGGAGGGGCAGGGCUCAUGCAUUGUUCUGCUCUCAUCUGGCGUUGGGAGUGCUGGUGCACAGGCCUCUGCACCCUUCAGACCUCCGAGCACAGCUGCUCUCACCCAAGGCAACCAGCUGGGAGGUCUCUCAAGAUUUAAGAACCACAAAAGAGGAGGUGAGCAGAUGCUCUUGGUGCAACUCCCAGCUUCAGACUUGCUGAGGAGGGACCCCUCAACUGGCCAGAACCCCAACACCUUCAUGUGAAGCCAGAGGUACUGAGAAAGCCACACGAUCCAAGCUCACGCCCAAGAAAAAGGUGGAGACUCAGACGAGUCCCUUGCCAUGUGAACAAUAUCAGAACAGAAACCUUCCUCUUCUUGACGUUCUCAAAGGACAGUGGUUAUAGCUUCAAAUCCCAGGUGCCAUCUUGGCCUCUGUCUUGACAGUGCCCUUCACAACCAUGUUCUGUGCGGGAAACGCACUCCACACACCCCGACCAGGGCAGGUGCUGGUGUUUUCUCAUGCUGGUUUCCCUGGUCUAGGGCUCCACUGCUGAGUCCUUGCUGCCUGCUGGAAGGGCCCUGUGACCCUCUUCCAUGCCUGUAUCUUGCACACUGUUGUGUUUACCCCUGUGUGCUUGACCUCUUCCUUUUUCCUGGGGAUUCAUUUCUCCUUAACCCUGCAUACCCGAGAACUGUCUUCCCCACAUUUCCUGAGUGGGCUUUGGCUCUAUUUUGGAGGGACAUUUCUUUUUGUCCCCCACCCCAAUACACACACCUACCUUGUCACCACAUAGGCUGCCUCCUGGGCUGAUAUACAAGCUCUUCAGUGAGCCUAAGCCUUGGGAACUCGGCAGGCAGCCUCUUACCCAGCAAGUCAGAACUGUGAACUGUAUUUCCUGAGAGAAAUCAGCUGAAGGCUGGGUCUUCGAAGGCAGGCAUUUAUGCUAUUUACAUUACUAUUCUGGGGCUUCUGGGUGGGCAAGCAAGGAAUAAAGGUGAGAUUCCUGGCUGUAGCCCACUCUCCUUUGGGUGCUGGGGAUAACUCUUACUGAUCCUGGAUUGAGUGGAAAGACUGAGUUCAGUUCUACUUCCCAAACUCUUAGAUGGCUGGAUUUUCAGGGCACCCAGCUUCCUUGCGGAUAAUGGAGGAAACUGAUGUCCAAAGAGGUAGUGAGGCUUGCCAAAGAUCACCAAGUCCAGCCCUGCCAGCUCAUUCCUGGCUCUCACCUUGCUGGAGGACAUGUGGGGUGGAGACCUAGUGCCACCUGUAGAUCUAGCUAAGAUGCAUUCUGUCUCGAGUCCCACACCUUGGAGAACAGCACACACUUGAGGCCUUAGGUGGCCUGAUUCUCUUCACAGGCAGCCACAGAGCCCAUAUGUUCCAGGUAAAUGUCCCUUGAGGUAAUUUUAUGGCCAUGAUGGAGCUCCAUGAGGGACUACAGUGUGGAGAGAAGAACAUGGGAGGAUACUCCCUGAGCUCACAACUGGUACAGCGCCUCGCCCGGAGUUAGCAGGAGGCUGCACUUCCAUCUCUGCCAGCUCACCUGUGUAGAUGAUGCUCUAUAACCCUGACUAGGCAUUCCCCAGAGAUGAUGAGGGAUUCCCUCAGCUGUCCCUGAGGCUGUCACCAUGAGUGGCUGAGAUUAAGGACAACUGAGGUGUCCAGUGGUAGGUAGACAGCAUUCAGUGAAGGGUCCCCACUUCAUUUCUCUGCCUCCUGUCUGCUGCUGGAGUCUCUUCCACUAACACAAGCGCUAUCUGCUCCCAGCAUGACCCAGAGGAGUGGAGAACAACUGUCCCACAGGCUCCCAAUCCCGGAGCCCCCAGUUAAAUCCUGCCUUUAGAUUACUUGGCCUGUUUUGGGUCCCGGACCUAUUUUUAAACAGUCAGAAGCAUGGUGUCUGCUGAGUUGAUCAGAACUGGGUUCCUGAACCCAUGAUGGCAAAGGCCACAAUAUUACAUUUAGCCUAGCCUCUGAGAGUUUGCCAGAAA